AUGCCUUAUUCCGACGAUCUUCCGCAGACAAGAACCCCUCUGCUGGGCAACAAUGGCCAGUCGGAGGCAGCAGCUAGAAUACGUUCAACUUCACGCAGUGUUAAAAAUCAGAGUAGCAGGGCGGUGUCUUUCAUCGUCCACAUCUUCCGGGGUGGUCUCUUCUCUCCACCAACCUUGACAUACGACCCACUACUCUUGCUCCUGAAUCAUGACGACCAGGACGAAAGAAACAGACUCACUGAGAAAUGGAAGGACAACAAGCUGCAAGAGCUUAACUUCGUAGGCGUGGUAUCCGCUCUGCUCGCAAAUGUCCUCACAUCGACCGGUUCAUGGCCGAAUCUUCUGCCCCCUGAAACGACCACUCCCUGGCCUGUACGGACCUGCUGGUUCUGCGGUAUCGCUUUUGCCCUUGCCAGUGUGUUGACAGCGGCAGACCAGACAAUUCGGCUCCAUAGAAUGGCCGGACAUAGGGAUGGCUUGGUUCUCAUCAGACAGUCUCUGCGCACCCAAGAUCGGGUUUUGAUUGGCACUGAGUGGAAGUACCGCCCUCGCAAAAUGCAAGUCUACGCCUGGCAGUUGUCAGUUCUGUUCCUGGCAGGCGCGGUUCUCUGCAUGAUCUCAGGGAUGAUCUUCUUGGUUUGGAGCGCUGUUGCCGAAGACAUCGGCAGAGGAAAGGGUUUUGAUGACAACGGCAAGGUUGCUGUGAUAUUCACAUCAUUCGCCCUAAUCACAGCCAUCAUCUUCGCACUGGGUCAAACAACGCUGUACUACCCGGUACCGAAGGGAGGCGACAUUGAAGAUAGUGACUGA